GCUUGUGGCUAGAAGGGGUCAAAGGAAACGGUGAUUAUCACCCGUGAAGGGGAAGGGGGGUGCUAUCCUCCUUCCUUCCCUUUCCCUCAGUCUGCACCCCCUGCAAACUCCCCCCCCCGUCCCCCGCCACCUUCUCGGGGUCUCCCCCCCACCCUGGUUGCUAAGGCCCAGACCGUCAUCCCAGCAACAGCCUCAGUCAUGUGACCGGCAAUGGCGGCGCUGACAAGAGUCCUGGUCAGCUGAGUGUGGAAACAGAGGGAUUUCUGCUGCUCUCAUCGUCCAUGGGCUUUCCAGGUCACACAACCUACAAGUAGGGAGCAGGAACAGAGAGAGAGAGCCUGCAUGCCAAUUCCAAGCUCUUCAGGAUCAAAUGUCGUUCGUCCUGUCCAGAAUGGCAGCCUGUGGAGGCACCUGCAAGAACAAAGUGACUGUCUCCAAGCCUGUGUGGGACUUCCUCAGCAAGGAGACCCCCGCCCGGCUGGCCCGGCUUCGGGAGGAGCACCGUGUGUCCAUUCUCAUAGACGGCGAGACUUCUGACAUCUAUGUCCUCCAGCUUGCCCCCCAGGGCCCUCCCCCAGCCCCUCCCAAUGGGCUCUACCUGGCCCGGAAGGCUCUCAAGGGGCUGCUCAAAGAGGCAGAGAAAGAGCUGAAGAAAGCUCAGAGGCAGGGGGAGCUUAUGGGCUGCCUGGCUUUGGGGGGUGGAGGGGAGCACCCUGAGCUGCACCGCCCAGGCCCGCCCCCUCUCCGAGCAGCCCCACUCCUGCCCCCAGGGGCACGGGGGCUGCCCCCCCCUCCUCCUCCCCUGCCCCCUCCUCUUCCCCCCCGCCUUCGGGAGGAGGCAGAAGAGCAGGAGAGCACCUGCCCCAUCUGUCUGGGGGAGAUCCAGAAUGCCAAGACAUUGGAGAAGUGCCGGCACUCGUUCUGCGAGGGCUGCAUCACCCGGGCCCUGCAGGUGAAAAAGGCCUGCCCCAUGUGUGGCCGCUUCUAUGGGCAGCUGGUGGGCAACCAGCCCCAGAAUGGGCGGAUGCUGGUCUCUAAGGAUGCCACACUCCUACUACCCAGCUAUGAGAAGUACGGCACCAUCGUCAUCCAGUACGUCUUCCCGCCCGGUGUCCAGGGGGCUGAACACCCAAACCCAGGAGUUCGGUAUCCUGGCACCACACGGGUGGCCUACCUCCCGGACUGCCCUGAGGGCAACAAGGUGCUGACCCUGUUCCGCAAGGCAUUUGACCAGCGUCUCACCUUCACCAUUGGCACGUCCAUGACCACAGGGAGACCGAAUGUCAUCACCUGGAACGACAUCCACCACAAGACCAGCUGCACAGGGGGACCACAGCUGUUUGGGUACCCGGACCCCACCUACCUGACCCGGGUGCAAGAGGAGCUGAGAGCCAAGGGCAUCACCGAUGACUGAAGGACAUCCCCUUUGGGAGGCCCCUGCUGUUCUCCUUCAGUAGGACCCAGUGGGAGCCUCUGUUGUCUCUCCCUCUGCCCCCCUCAUCACUCAAGUAGGGGACUGUCUGACUGGGGAAGGGGUUCAGAGAAGGAGGGGCGAUCCCUUCCCCAGUCCCCCACAGGCUGAGUGCUUCAGUGCAGUGUGAGCCACUCCCUUCUGGCAGAGUCUGAUGUCCCAGGCUCUGCUCCCCUCCUCCCCAUGUACAUACUCCCAGUCUUCCUGCCCCCUCCAUUGCCCUUGGCUUUUUCUGGUUUGUGAUGUGCUCCAGUGACUAAGCUGAGAAAGGACCUGGGUGGGGAGGAGAGGGUCUCUUGAUCCCCCCCCCCCAUACUGCUCCACUGCUGAAUUUCUGCGCUGGGAGAGGGGUCAGGCUGCUGUGAGCCCCCAUAGAGCCGGCCGCGUGUGUUCUUCAGAAACAAUUCCCCUUCUCCCUUAACCUUGUCCUUUCUCUCCUGUGUCUCUGUCUUUGUCAGUCUUUCUCCCACUCUUCUCUGCCCCCUAGAAGGAGCCUCCUUACCCUGUUCUGGAAUCGCCGCCAGACUGUAGCUUUUAAUUUAAUAAAAAUAAAGUAAAAUAUGCAACUCUC